AUAUUGAUGUACUUUUAUUAAAGCAAUAAAUCACUUGAAGUCGUAUGUUACAGUUACUCUAAGAGGUUUUAGGCACUCCUAAAAACCCCUUUGGUCUUAUUAUUAUUCAGUUUACACAACAUAAUCCUUUCAGUCAAAAGUGUAUACGUACAUGUGUUUGUAAUGAGUCUCGUUUUAGCUGAGAGACGUAUUAUCCUGAAGGCUUUGGAUGCUGACUGAUAUGUAAUACAAACCUUUACAUUUAAGACAUGAAGUUUUAAUUUAGACUACAGAGAGAUCAUAGCAUUCACACAACCAAAUACGGCUCAUUUAUUCAGGGCAGUGUUUCCAAAAUGGCCAACUUUGCCUAGAUACGACACUCAAUGUAUAAACCUGUGUGAUAUGUUUGGAGCUCACUCUUUACUUAAGAGCGGGAUCCAAAUUGUUCAAAUGAUAUUGAAGGUUGACGGAGCAUUUGACCCUGAUUUUUAGUCUAAAAUUCAUUGCCGGAGAAGAAGCGUCAAUGUUUGCUCCUUUUGGGAUUUUUUGGCAUCCACUGCCAGCGAGGCUCAAGCUCAUUGGUUGGGUUGGGACACGGAUGGACGAGGGGUGGGGGCUCACAGUUUGACCUGUGAACUCUCACCCCUCUGUAUGGACACUUGUUGCAGGGUCAGUCCUUGUAGCUGCCUUGUUGCCAUGGUCAGAGUCAGGCCCCUUCUAUUCACGUCAGAUGCUCGGCCGAUGAUGGGGGCCUAGGACCAGUUCCUGCGGGCCGCGCCGGUCUCAGGCGGGAUGGGCGAGUUGUUGAUGAGGAAGAUGGGAUGGCGUUCAGGGGAGGGUUUGGGGAAGCACAGGGAAGGCACGGUGGAGCCCAUCAUUAUCGACUUCAAAACAGACCGCAAGGGGCUUGUAGCAGAAGGAGAAAAAACCCAGAAGUCUGGCAACAUUGUGGUGAUGAAGGAUCUUCUAGGGAAGCAUCCAGUAUCUGCUCUAAUGGAGAUGUGCAAUAAGAAGAAGUGGCUGCAGCCGGAGUUUGUGAUGGUGCACCACAGCGGACCCGACCACCGCAAGAACUUUCUGUUCAAGGUGGUGGUGAACGGAUGUGAUUACCAGCCGCAGACUGCCAGUCCCAAUAAGAAACACGCCAAGGCGAUGGCGGCCACAGUCGCGCUGCAGGCGAUGGGAGAGGUGGCGGGAGACGGCGUUCAUACCGGCCCUGUGUUCACAGCGGCCACCAACAUGUGAUGCUUCUCUGAGCCUCCUAUUGAGUGCACAGCGCUUUGAUUUAAUUUCCCAUGCAUAUGUUAUGCAUUUUUUGUAAUUUUGGCUUAUUUUCUUGAUUUGGUAAACUGUGACAGCCUUUGCACGCCAAUGAAAUGAGACAAGCAUGUACACGGUAACGAGUACGUAGUUCACUAGGUUUGAACCGUGAGGGUUCGUUGUAUUUUAUUGUUUUAGACCGUUAUUGUUUCUGUUAUGUUUGCUCUUGUAAAUGUUUCAUGCAUGCUUUAAAACUGUUUUAUCUUCAUGAACAAAGUGUUUGUCUUUGCUUUGAAUUUUUACCAGCACCGGUCCAUUGCAUCUUCUUCUCUGAAGGCUUGUGUUCUGUUGCUGGCAGAGAACAUGUUUUUGUGAUGAAACACAGAAUAAACGGAAAAUCAUGUCGCUGGAAAA